AUACGAAUUAAAGCACAACACAAAAAUUACAGUUGGGACGUCUCUUCCUCACGACUGAGUUUCCCACUGAUCCAAUUAACAACCAAAGCCCCCUCCCCAGAUCCCAUCUACUCUCCGAUCAUGUCACAAACCCAACACGACCACAACGACACGGUGGCGUUACACCCCUCCUCCCAAUCCGACAUCGACGAGAUCGAAAACCUCAUCAAUGCCGGCCCUUCUUCCGUCCUCCCCGCCAAGCCCCCCAGUCCCACACGCGCCUCCAUCCCCGUCUCCUCCUCCCCUUUCAUCCCCUCCAACAUCCCCCCUCCUCACCCCUCUGCCCCGACCUCCUAUUCCAACAAGCCCGUGUUCGUCCCCCAGGCCCCACCGCCCCCUCCUCCGCCCACCAGUCAUGGGCCUAGUGGGUUUGGGUCCGGCCCAAAUACGUUGACUGAGCCUGUUUGGGAUACGGUGAAGAGAGAUCUUUCGAGGAUUGUGAGUAAUUUGAAGCUGGUGGUGUUUCCUAAUCCGUAUAGGGAGGAUCCGGGCAAGGCUAUGAGGGAUUGGGAUCUUUGGGGGCCCUUUUUCUUUAUUGUUUUUCUCGGACUCACGCUCUCUUGGUCUGCUUCUGUUAAGAAGUCUGAAGUUUUUGCUGUUGCGUUUGCACUUCUUGCAGCUGGUGCUGUAAUAUUGACACUGAAUGUGUUGCUGUUGGGUGGUCACAUAAUAUUCUUCCAGAGCCUUAGUCUUUUGGGUUACUGUUUAUUUCCUCUUGAUGUCGGUGCCCUUAUCUGCAUGUUGAAGGAUAAUGUGGUUUUGAAGUUGGUUGUGGUCGGUGUUACACUGGCCUGGAGUUCCUGGGCUGCAUAUCCAUUUAUGAGUACUGCAGUCAGCCCUGGAAGAAAAGCUCUUGCUCUUUACCCUGUACUACUUAUGUAUGUAUCUGUUGGUUUUCUCAUCAUCGCCAUCAAUUAGUAGCUUCCGUUGCCGGUAUAGGAGUUUGUAUCCCAAUGAAAUUGACAAUCGUGACAUAUGAUGUGUUCAUUUUUGUUCUUAUAUGGGAUAAUGAUGUAUAUUGUUUUUCAAAUUUUAUGUUUGAAGGUUCAUGAUAGAAAAAUAGUACCUAGCUAAGAAUUUUUUUGA